ACCGCCACCACUCACCAUGGAACACUCCUUCCCCCCAUCAUGUUCCCUUCUCCUCCUCCUCCUCCUCCCUCUCUUACCUCUCGUCUGGUUUGUCUACCGGCGCCAGGACCCCAAGAACCAACCUCCCGCCCAUGGCCUCAAGGUCUACCCCAUCCUCGGCAUCCUGCCGCAUUUUGUCAAGAACAGGGACUGCUUCCUCGAGUGGUACACCGGCGUCAUGCAGAGCAGCUCCACGCAUACCCUGCAUUUCAAGGUGUUCGGCCUCACCAGCGUCGCCGUCACCGCCGACUCGGCAAACCUUGAGCACAUGCUCAAGACGAACUUUGGUAACUACCCCAAGGGCGAGCUCGCGGUCUCCAUGCUCGAGGACUUCCUCGGCCACGGCAUCUUCAACUCGGACGGCGAGCAGUGGCUGUGGCAGCGCAAGGCCGCAAGCUAUGAGUUCAGCAAGCGAUCGAUGAGGAACUUCGUGGUGGACGCCGUCCGUUUCGAGGUCAUCGAGCGGCUUCUGCCGCUGCUCGAGCGGGCGGGGCGCGAGCGCGAUGGGCAGACAAUGCUGGACAUGCAGGAUGUGCUCGAGCGCUUUGCGUUCGACAACAUAUGCCGCGUAGCGUUCGGAAAGGACCCGGCCUGCCUCGCCGAGGAGGGCAUGGCCGCGCCGGAGUGCACGGAGUUCAUGGCCGCGUUCAACGACGCGCAGAACGCCGUUAUGGCCCGGUUCAUGUCACCCGCCAAGUGGCUGUGGCGCGUCAAGAGGGUGCUCGGCAUGGAGCCCGAGAGGCGGAUGCGCUCGGCGCUCGCCACGAUCCACGGCUACGCCGACAAGAUCGUCAGAGAGCGCAGGGAAAGACGGGGCGAGGCCGGCAGCGACGACGACUUCCUGUCGCGAUUCGCCGCGGCCGGCGAGCACAGCGGUGAGAGCCUCCGCGACGUGGUCACCAACUUCAUCCUCGCCGGCCGCGACACGACCUCGUCGGCGCUCACCUGGUUCUUCUGGCUGGUGUCCACCCGUCCCGACGUGGAGGAGAAGAUCGUGCGCGAGGUCCGCGCGGUGCGCGCGUCAGGCGGCGAAGGCACGUCGGCGACGUUCAGCUUCGACGAGCUGCGCGAGAUGCACUACCUCCACGCGGCCAUCACCGAGUCCAUGCGGCUGUACCCGCCGGUGGCCGCCGACACGCAUAGCUGCAAGGAAGACGAUCUGCUCCCGGACGGCACGUUUGUCGGGAAAGGAUGGAUGAUAACGUACUGCGCGUACGCGAUGGCGCGCCUGGAGGGCAUCUGGGGCGAGGACUGCGAGGAGUUCAGGCCGGAGCGGUGGCUUGACGAGGAGGGCGCGUUCCGGCCGGAGAACCCGUUCAAGUACCCGGUCUUCCACGCCGGGCCGAGGAUGUGCCUCGGCAAGGAGAUGGCCUACAUACAAAUGAAGUCCAUCGCGGCGUGCGUGUUUGAGAGGUUCAGUUUACGGUACGUCGGCGGCGAGGGGCAUCCCAAGCUUGUGAUGUCGCUGACGCUGCGGAUGAGAGGCGGCUUGCCAAUGCGGGUGAAGAACAGAGAGGGGGCUAGCUAGCUGCUAGCUAGGAUGCUUUGGGCGAGGAUAUUUCGUCACUUAUUCGCAAUUGCUCUGUAAUCCAGCUUGGU